AUGAUCGGACCAGCGGAAGUACUGGUGAAGCCGGACGGGGAAGCCAACGGCGACAUGGAUGACGCAGUCUGUUACCACGAAGGCGGAGACAUCUUCCCGGAAGAUAUCGAGAACCACAUGGCGGUGUUGCCGGAAGUCGAGGCCACCACGAGAGAAGUCACGAUAGGAGUAGCCCCGCACUUACGUGAGAAGUUAUCCAUGCUCAUCAAGGGACUGUUGUCGGCGACAAUCAUUACCCCUUCAACCUCACACUGGGCGUCACCCAUAGUGGUCAUUAUAAAGGCAAACGGCAUGGAUAUCCGCCUCUGCAUCGAUUACCAAGUAGUAAACAGCUUGACGAGAUUGAUGGUGUACCCGAUGCUGUUGAUCAACGAUCUCCUCGAUGACUUGGACAAGGUGUUUUGGUACUGCUCCCUCGACAUGGCGAGUGAGUCCUGGGUCGUGUCCAUGACGCCACGGGCGAGACUGAUUUCAGCGUUUACCACACCAUUCGGAUUAGUCGAGUGGACGAGGAUGCCGUUCGGUCUAAAGAACGCUCCGCAGAUCUACCAGCGGAUCGUAGACAACGUCCUAUAUGAGCACAUGCGCAUCAAGCCCGACCAAGACAAGGCAGUAGAUGUGCGAUCGUACGUCGACGACAUUCUCGUGACUGGAGACACGUGGACAGCAUGUCCGAAAGACCUCGAAGCCUUCUCGAAUCUCCCGUUCCCCACCAAGCUGAAGUCAAUGCAGUCGUUUCUUGGAAGCCUGAAUUACGACAUCCGGUUCAUCGAGGACUUUGCAGUCUAUGGAAAAGAAGAAAUCCUAGGAGCGAUCGCUGCGAGCAUCACGCCUCGAAAGGAAGUUGAUGAAGCCCUAAUCGCAAUAGCCCCGAAGCAGCUACCUCGGAAGAUGAUUGCCAUGAUUACUCCAACCGUAGAGCCGAAAGAGAGCCUGUUGGUGGCGAGCUUUGACGGAUCGGCACGAGCGAAGCGUGCGGGAGGCGCAUACAGUGCGAUCCUCUGGAAACUCCUCGAGUGGACGAUCCUCGAAGCAAUGUCCGAACACAUGCCGGACUUGACAGUGAACGAGGCGGAGUACAGAGGAUUGCUACUGUGUUUCGAUCUCCUCUCGACUCAACCCAGGGGACGAGUCGUGAUCUGUGGUGGCUCCAACUUGGUGAUCCGCUAG